AUGCUGGGCUCCAACGUGUCCAAGACGUUGCGCGAAAGCAACGCGACCAAGAACUCCAGCUGCCGGUCCGUGUCCGUGGGCUUCCCCAUCACCAUGAUGGUCACCGGGAUGGUGGGGAACGCUCUGGCUCUGCUGCUGGUCUACAUCUCCUACAGGAAGAAGGAGAACAAGAGGAAGAAGUCCUUCCUGCUGUGCAUCGGCUCUCUGGCGCUCACGGACCUGUUCGGGCAGCUCCUCACCAGUCCCAUCGUGAUCUCGGUGUACCGAGCGGACCUGAAGUGGGAACGAAUCGACCCCUCUGGGAAGUUGUGCGCUUUCUUCGGCGUGUGCAUGACAACUUUUGGCCUGUGCGCGCUCUUCCUGGCCAGCGCCAUGGCCAUAGAACGAGCCAUGGCGAUCACCAACCCGCACUGGUACUCCAACCACAUGAAGACCAGCGUCACCAAGCAGACCCUGGCCGUCAUCUGGGGCCUGGUGCUGCUCUUCGCCCUGCUGCCCAUCGCCGGAGUCGGGAAGUACACGCGCCAGUGGCCCGGGACCUGGUGCUUCAUCAGCACCGGGGACAGCAAGACGCCCGGGAACAAGUUCUUCGCCACCACCUUCGCCGUUCUCGGGAUUUUCUCUCUGCUGGUGACGCUCUCCUGCAACGUGGUGACGAUCCGGGGUUUGAUCCUCCGCUGCAAGACCAAGUCGGGCGCGUCGCAGGCGUCCCGGCAGUGGGAGCGGCUCACCACGGAGACCGUCAUCCAGCUGCUGGGCAUCAUGUGCGUCCUGCUCAUCUGCUGGUCGCCGCUGCUGGUGCUGAUGCUGAGGAUGAUCUCCACCCAGGUCUCCUCCCACGAAUGCAACUCCACGUUGGUCGCCCCCGUCAACGGCACCAGCCGGGACCUCCAGCUGGACUGCAACUUCUUCCUCACGGCGAUCCGCAUGGCCUCCCUGAACCAGAUCCUGGACCCGUGGGUCUACCUGCUGCUCAGGGAGAUCCUGCUGCGGAAGUUCUGCAUCAUGGCCAACGCCGUGUCCAACUGCUCUCUGGAGGACGGGAAGGAGUCGCCGACGGCUCUGGAUGCUCUGAACAAGCAGAAUCAGGAGAGCAAGGACCUCUGCAAACCUCAGAGCAACUGAGGCCGUCUGCGGCUGCAACUCUGUGGCUGGAAAUGAAAAUGGAGGGAAAGAAAAAACAAAAAAAAAAGUGAGAGACUGGGAUGGAUUUCUGUCUGGAUAUUGUGCGACAGGAGACAGCGGAGCCUCUGUUGUGGUGUAAAUGAAACCCGGCCGACUCUGCUCUGAGCAUCUGUUGAAUCCUAACCAGCAUGUGGACGCAUGACCGGGUCGCCUCGCGGCCGGGAACUCUCUCACCGCCAUCCUCCAGUUCAACAAACUACUUCUCCAGACUCUAGACGUGACCAGAGUGAAGGAGCUGCAUCGCUGCUGUCUGAAGCCAUAAGCUCAACUCCACCACGUUUCUGUGAAUGUAAUCUAAGGAAGAAGCUGUAAAUCUAAGCUUACAUUAGGUUGUAAAUAUCUCUGACAUUGUUCCAAAAAAAAAAAAAAAAA